UCUUUGCAGUUUGCUCCUUCGAUCCGGCCUUUCCUGCAGACCAUCGCCAUCAGCCUGGUCUCCUUUGGGGAGAAUUACAAGCGUAACUCCUCCAGCAUUGGAGUGGCUGCUGGCUCUCUCUUCAUGAGCGGGAAAUUUGCCAUCGACCCUGAACUGCGAGGAUCAGAGUUUGAGCGCAUUACUCAGAACUUGGAUGUACAUUUCUGGAAGAGAUUUUGGAACCUCACCGAGAUGGAGUUGCUGUCGUCGCUGGCCAGCAUGGCUUCCUCUCAGGUCCGGCUGUCCCGACCCCUGCUGGUCCCGCCCCAUUCCUUCGAUCUACCUCUGGUUUCUAACCCCAAACUGAAUGUUACCAUCACACCUCCGGUGGCUCACACCGGGCCAGGAGCCGUCCAGAUGAGGCUCAUUUCCCACGAGCUGCGUGAAGGACAGGAUAGCGAGGAAUUGCUCAAAUUGAUGCGACCGGAAGGGACGCUGGCCCUCGAGCUGCCCUGGAAAUGCAAGACCCUGCCCCGUUCCCCCUACCUCUUGGUGCAUUUCCACGGAGGGGGUUUCGUAGCCCAGACCUCCAAGUCCCACGAGCCCUACCUGAAAUCGUGGGCUCAGGAGUUAGGGGCGCCUAUUCUUUCGAUCGACUACUCGCUGUCGCCCGAGGCUCCGUUCCCACGAGCGUUAGAAGAAUGUUUCUUUGCCUACUGCUGGGCCCUUAAGAACUGCCACCUCUUGGGUUCCACAGCACAAAAGGUGUGCCUUGCCGGGGACAGCGCCGGUGGCAACCUCUGCAUCACCGUCUCCAUGCGGGCCGCUGCUUUUGGGAUCAAGAUGCCGGAUGGGAUCAUGGCGGCCUACCCUGUCACCCUCUUGGAGGUCGCCGCCUCACCCUCGCGCCUUCUCACGCUGCUGGACCCGCUCCUGCCUCUCAGCGUCUUAUGCAAAUGCCUCAGUGCCUAUGCAGGAAUGGAGUCCGAGCAGCCAGACGACUCAGCCUUGGAAAAGCUGGACCCCAUGAACAUGAUGCGCCAUAACACAGCCCUCCUCUUCCGAGACUUGCGCCUGGGCGCAUCCGCCUUGGUUGGCUCUUUGAUGGACAAGACAGGCAAGCACAAUGGGGCGGGUGAAGUAAAUGAAGCCUUGAGGAAAAGCGCCUCCGAGACGAGCCUGAAAUGCAAGCCGCUUGCCAGCCACAAAGACUCCCGGAAGAAGAGCCAGACAUGUCAAAAUUUCUUAGGGUCCUCUGAUGUCCAGCGAGACCCAAGUUCGACCACUCCAGAGCCUGAAGACCAGCCCACCUUCUUCUUGUCCGACCAGGACCAAGAGGCCUUCUCCUCCAGCAAUCCCCGGGGCUUGAUGUUUCCCGACGGCUUCCAGCCACUACGCAGCAUCCAGCCUGCCGCCAGCCUGCCUCUGGAGCUCUCGCCUAUCGUCAAGAACCCCUUCAUGUCGCCCCUUUUGGCCCCGGAUGAAAUGCUGAAGGGACUCCCUCCGGUCCAUAUCGUGGCGUGUGCUCUGGAUCCCAUGUUGGACGACUCCGUUAUGUUUGCUCAGAGGUUACGGGCCCUCGGCCAGCCGGUCACCCUGCGCGUGGUGCAAGAUUUGCCUCAUGGCUUCCUCAGCCUCUCCCAGCUGUGCCGCGAAACCCGCCAGGCCUCGGCCGUCUGCACAGAGCUCAUCCGGAACAUUCUGAUGCCCUCCGACACCGCCCCCCCACAGCCCCCGGCCGCCCUCCCGAAACAUCGCAAACUAGAGCGAACUUCUCCGGCCGUGGCUGUGAACGCCGACCUCGCUCCCAUCCAGGAGAACGGGGUGCCCCCUCAACACAAAACGUCGCACACCCCAGCGGCCGAAAGCCGGGCCUCCAGACCCAACGAAGAAGUCCAAACCACCAGCAACGUUCCAGAAUCCCAAACGGGGGGCCACUCCCUGGACCAGCCAAACCAAUCCAAGAACAUCAGCACUCCUCCCGCAGCCGGUCCCAUCUUAAACGCCGCCAUCAUUCCCGGCCAGGAUUCUGGCCCAUCAAGUAGCACCUCAGGCCGAGGGGUCGGGGCCUGAGGAGCGCCCCCUUCCUAAUCCCCACCCCAACCCCAGACCUUGUGUCUCGACAUGGUGUGCAAUUUACAGUGGUGCUUUUUUUAUUUUCUCCUCCGCCCCCACCCCGCCCC